AUGCUACGUAACAGUUUUUCAGGGAGUGUGACCUUGACUGGAGGCUGCUGCACGUGUGACGCCCUCGUAGCGACAGCGCGGGACGCUCGCCAGGCUGUGGUCGCGCUGGCUGGUGCCACGUUCCGCUGGCCAGCCUUCCGCCACGCCCAUCCCCGGUGCACUCUGCGCUCGCGUAACCACCACCAGUAUAAAGGCGGGGCCGCCAGCCCCCGGCAUCAGUCGACGACAGCAAACCGAAGGCGACACCAUGAAGACUCUCGUGUUCCUGUUUGUGGUGCUGGCUGUGGUGUGCGCGGCUCUGGCUGUGCCGGGCCCUCUGCCCCUACCACGUCCUGGCCCAGUGCCGAUCCCUGCUGCGCCCAGGGAGACCCUGCGUGGCAGCGAGCAGGUCUACUACGGUGCUUACUACCCAUACGUCGUCGGCUGAGCACAAUGACAAUGGAAAACGGCUACCUAAUGGGCAUCGCUGUGGACUUGAUACAGACAUCUUUUGGCUAAUGUUUACUAUUUCUCUAUUACAUCCGAAAUUGCCUUUAAUUCUCAAUAAAUUUUACACUUCCUAUUAAGAA